CUCCAAGGGCUGUUCUGGCAACUGAGCUUUCAGAUCACAUUUUGUUGAAAAUAAUCAUAUGUCAGAGAUGUUUACUGUAAUUACCAAUGCCUGGGAAACUUUGUGCUCUUAUUCAGGUUGGCUCUACACAGAAGGGGAGACCAAGACCUCCCAGAUGUACCUGGCUCUGGGAGACAGCACAUUUGGCCAGUUCUCCUGCCCAAUCACCUGCAGAGUGGUGGAGGAGGAAGACAGCGGACAGGAGAACUCACCAGGGCUGCUGACUCAGGACUUUGAGUGGGACCUGUCCCCAGGUCUGGGGGAGAGUACCAGGAGGCUGAGGCUCAUCCUGGUGGGCAAAACCGGAAGUGGGAAAAGUGCCACCGGAAACAGCAUCUUGGGCAGGAGAGUCUUUGAGUCUAAACUCAGCUCGAGGCCGGUGACUGAGGACUUUCAGAAGGGGAGACGCAGGUGGGCCGGGAUGGAACUGGAGGUGAUGGACACCCCUGACAUCCUGUGCUGCAGAGACCCCUGGGAAAGGAUGGCUCAGAGCAUCUGUGAGGCCAUGGCCUUGUCCUCCCCGGGACCUCACGUGGUGCUGCUGGUCACUCAGCUGGGCCGCUUCACAGAUGAGGACAGGGCGGUGGCCAGGCGCCUGCAGGAGAUCUUUGGCCCGGGCAUCCUGGCCCACACCAUCCUGGUGUUCACCCGCAAGGAGGACCUGGGUUCAGGUUCCCUGAAGGAGUAUGUGCUAGGCACAGACAACCAGGACCUGGCCCAGCUGGACGUGUUGUUGGAGAGGCGUCACUGUGGCUUCAACAACAGGGCACGUGGGGCUGAGCAGGAGGCCCAGCUGCAGGAGCUGAUGGAGCAGGUGCGGGGGAUCCUCUGGGAAAAUGAAGGCCACUGUUACAACAACUCGGUAUACCAGUACUCCCAGGAGAGCAUUCUGCUGCAGGAGGAGCCUGGGAGGCAGAUGGUCCAGGUCUUGGACUCUGAGAAGAAGCUGUGUGAGCAGUCCUGGCCCAGGGACCUGUGCAGAAUCCAGAAGGAGUCGGAGGACGAGCACAGACGUCUCCUCAGGAGAGUUCGUCUUUGAGAACAUGCUGUACUCCAAGGAGAGAGAACGGCUCUCUGCUACUCUUCUUAGCCUAAGUCAAGCUUCUAGCCUAGGACCCGCUCUUCAUCUCCCGGGCCACUGAGCAUCCCAGCGUAGAGGGCACAGUAUCUGUGACGUGACCAGAGUACUGUAGGUUCUAGACUUUCCAGUUCGUAUCCCAGGUCCUUCUCCACGUCUUCUAGAACAUGGGGAUUUGCUCUCCUGCAGAAUCUCACAUUUGGUUGACAUUGCAUCCUUGAGUUCUUUGCCUUUUAUAAGCAAAGUUUU